AGGAUCACUCACAGUUCGCACGCAUCUGGCCAAGCCAAUUCUCCCCCCGUUUCGUGUUGCGAACUCCAAAAAGCUUUCCUUUCUCCAUCUUCUUCUUCUUCAGCUGUCACCACUCUCCCCACACCGCGCCGGCCCCGGAAUUCCCCCCAAUUCCCCACAUCCCAAAUUCUGGUCUCCCUUCUCCUUCCGCCGUCGCCGUCGAUCGACGGCUUCCACCUUCCCUAGCUAUGCCGUCGUCCUCUUGAUUGCUUGAACCGGACGCUUUCUCUCCCAACCCCCAACCAUCCAUCAUGACUUCAACUCUUCCGUCUUCUCCGCCUUUCCUCUCCUCCUCCUCCUCCUCCGCAGCUCUCGUAACCUCACCUUCUCCACUCUCUCUGCCUCAUCCCACCGACGGCGAUGACGGCGCCGCCGCCACGCAGCUGCUCUCCGUCUCCUGGAACCAGGACUACGGCUGCUUCGCCGCCGCAACCACCUCCGGCUUCCGGGUUUACAGCUGCGAGCCUUUCAGCGAGACCUUCCGCCGGGACAUCCGGGGCGGCGGGUUCAGGAUCGUCGAGAUGCUGUUCCGCAGCAACAUCCUGGCCCUCGUCGGCAGCGAAUCCAACUCCCAGUACCCGCCCAGCAGGGUCCUCAUUUGGGACGAUCACCAGAGCCGCUGCAUUGGCGAGUUCUCCUUCAGGUCGCAGGUCCGCGCCGUGAGGUUGAGCCGGGAUCGGAUUGUUGUGGUGCUCGAGCACAAGGUCUAUGUCUACGAUUUCGCGGAUCUGAAGCUCCUUCAUCAGAUCGAGACGUUGGCGAACCCUAGAGGGCUCUGCUGCCUGUCUCAUCACCCCAACACUUCCGUGCUGGCUUUGCCCGGGCUGUACCGUGGGCAGGUUCGAAUUGAGCAUUUUGGGUUGAAUCUGGUGAAGUUGGUUAAUGCUCAUGAUAAUCAUAUUGCUUGCCUCGCAAUUACCAUGGAUGGCCUGCUUCUUGCUACUGCUAGCACCAAGGGCACCUUGAUCAGAAUUUUCAGUACAAUGGACGGCACUCGCCUGCAAGAGGUGCGAAGAGGAGUGGACAGAGCUGAAAUUUAUGGCAUGACACUUUCUCAGGAUGUGCAGUGGUUGGCUGUGUCAAGUGACAAAGGCACUGUUCAUAUUUUCAGUCUCAGGGUUAGAGUGGCUGGUGAAGACUCAUCCACUAACUCAAAUUCUCCUCAGAGCCCAGCAUUAUUGCAUCAGAAUUCAUCAACAUCUGUUACCUCCCUGAUUUCUUCCAGCACCAGUUCCAAUCCGAGUUCAUCAUUGUCUUUUAUGAGAGGGGUGUUGCCCAAAUAUUUCAGCUCUGAGUGGUCAUUUGCCCAAUUCCGUUUACCAGAGGAGACACAUUUCAUUGCUGCAUUUGGAUCUCAGAAUACAGUCAUUUUUGCUGGCAUGGAUGCUAGCUUCUACAGAUGUCAAUUUGAUCCCGUUCAUGGAGGAGAGAUGUUGCAGCAGGAAUACGUCCGUUUUCUGAAGACAGAUAUCCGCCCUAAAUAGCGAGCAGUAUGUUUCCCAUUCCUGUAAAUACGAGUCCCAAAUGUGCAGCAGUGUGAAUACUAAAUAACCCAGAUUUGAUCGCAUUCUUUGACUAUUUUCCUUUCUAGUAAAACUACCAGUCUAGUGAAAGUGGUCAGAAUUAGUCUCUGGAAAGUCAUCAAAUUGGCAUGCUUGUUGACCAAGUAAGACUCCUUCAGUAGACAAGUAAAGCAAAGAAAAGAAAAACAUUCAGUUGGCAACUCUUAAGAUCUUUGCAAGUUCUGUGUAACAAAUUUGCACAAGUCACAUUUCCUGCCGACUUACAUCACAUGUUCCUAUAUCACUACUAUGUGUGCCUGAUUACUGAACCAAACUCGGAUAACUAAAGAGGCACUAGUUAGUUUCUGCUCUCACAAGGUGGGAGUCGCAAGGUCAAGAGAUUCUCAGUAUAGGUACAGAAGUCCAAGUUGCGCAAUCCUGUAGGAAUGCCGACCUUCCUAACCGUCCCUUUCUUUCUGUUGACAAAGAUGAUAACGUUGUCGGGCGAGCUGAAGAUGAUCCAGUCGCUCGUGUAUACUUUGAUCUCUCCCAGGAUGGUUCUGUUGUCCAGAGGAGGCAGCGAGACGAUGGCCUGCUUGACCCAGUGACUGUUCUGCUGAUCAGCGAGCACCCACACCACCAGGCGAAGCGGGAGGUCUCCCGGAGUCUCAAUCAUGCGCAGCUUUCCCUCGGGUUCAUCCUCCAUGAUCCUCGGAGGAUUCCCGUGGAUCGCCCUCCUCCAGCCUUGAGGCCCACGUACAACUCCAAACCUCUCUUUCUUGAUGUCCAAGUAAACCAGGAAAGCAUCCUGCCUGCCACCAGCUUUGCUGUUGCAUCUGCAAUGCCGGCUCUGGUUGAUCUUCCAGUAGACUGAUUCAGCCCCACGGACGAAAACCGGCAAGCUGAACUCGGCGACGAAGUAAGGGCAGGGGUCGGCCAGCACUUUCCAGGCGUUGGUCACGGCUGGCUGAGUUGCAGGGUAGGUGAAAACAGAGCACUCAAACUUGCAGGGCACGUAAUACCCUUCCUCAGGCUUGUGCACCAAUCUCGCCACUUUGUACUCUCCUGUCGAUCCAAUGUACCCGAACCCGAACCCGGCAAUGGUCUGGCCGCUGCCGCCGUGGAGCGGCGGGAGCUGGACGAGGGAGUGGGUGGAGGGAUUGCAGAGGUAGACGCAGGUUUCGGUGGCGAAACAGAGCAGCCCGCGGGAGCUCGGGAGGACGAGCUUGAUCGGGCCGCCGAAGACGGUUAUGGGGAGGACGUCGAGGGGAACGCCGGCGGAGUUUAAGGUGGCGAAACGGUGGAGGGAGGCGCCGGAGCGUUGGUCGUAAUCGAAGUCGGAGCCCUGGAAGAAGAAGAAGCGGGGUACAGAGGAAGAUGCCCUACAGGCGUUGUACGUGUCUCGGAAUUGGGGAUGUGAAAUUGCGUAGUUCCAUGUCUUGGAGACGCACUUGAAGCGGAGCAGGGAUUUGGCGGGGAGGGCGAAGAGGAUGGGGAAGACGGAUCUGUCGGUGGCGAGAGCGGAGAGGCGACGGCGGCG